CAUUUCUAUGGUGGGUUGGUGGCCUCCAUCAUCAAGAUCAUGGUCAUCAUGUCAUCAUCUCUUUGACCCGACGCGUUUAUUCGACCCGGUUCCCAUCAGGCGGUGGGUGAGUCCUAUAAACCCCACUCCAGCACACAUCCCACCUUUUGACCUCCCACCACCCCCAAUCUCUUCCAUCUAUUUCUCUCACAUUAUACCUAUACAUAUACAUCCAUGUAUCUAUAUAUCCACAGGCACAAACACCAUGCAAGUGUGUAACAGAUUGAAAACGAUGGAUCACCAACCCCAGAUCUUGCACAAGGGUCCCACUUCAAGACUGGUGAAAAAAGACACAACCGCCGAUAACCUUCAUUCACCAAGGAGUUAGAAGAUCCAAGGUUGGGAUUGGAUCUAUUUCUUGAUUUUUUAUUAUUCAAUUUAAUAAACGAAUAAAAACCAUUACAAAAUCAACGUCAUACAUACCCUUCAUCUCUAUAUAAUUCACACAAAUUACAUUCACAAAACGCACAUCUUUGACUCUUAUUCUCUCCAACUUGUUUAUCAUUUCUCUCGUAAUUUUCACAACCCCAUCCUCCAUAUCCCUAACCAGUGGCCACCUUUCUUUAUCUUAAUCUUCCAAAAAGUGCUUCUAUUUGGCUGGUUUAUUUCUUGUCUUGACGUUUCUUUAACCUGCUCUUCUGAUUUUCGAUCUGGGUUUUCGAUUUUUGGAUCUUUUUACUCAAAGAUACAAUCUUUAUUGAUAAAUCAAGAAAGGGUUUUUAUUAUAUUUAGAUUUUAGAUUAGAUCCGAUUUGGGUUUUAAGGCUUCUCUUUCAAUGGGAGCCUUGGAUGAGGGUCACUACAAUGUGGUGCUAGAAAAUGGAGUGAAGCUUGGUGGUUGUGGUUUUGAGCAAGAACCAGAGACUGUAGCCAUUGAAGAUGCUGUGAAGGUUUUGUUACAGGGUUUGGGUGAAGACAUCAAUAGAGAAGGUCUUAGGAAGACCCCUCUUCGUGUUGCUAAAGCCCUUCGUGAAGGAACCAGAGGCUAUAAACAAAACGUGAAAGACAUAGUCCAAGGUGCGUUAUUCCCGGAAUUGGGAUUAGAAACCGGAAUUGGCCAUGCCGGAGGAGCUGGUGGACUUGUUCUUGUUAGAGAUCUCGAUCUCUUCUCAUACUGCGAGUCUUGUUUGCUCCCAUUCCAGGUCAAAUGUCACAUAGGUUACAUUCCAUCUGGUCAACGAGUUGUGGGCCUUAGCAAACUUUCCCGUGUAGCCGAUAUCUUCACAAAACGCCUCCAAGAUCCACAACGGUUAGCUGACGAGAUUUGCAACGGUUUACAACACGGAAUCAACCCAACCGGUGUUGCUGUUGUUCUCCACUGCUCACACAUCCACUUCCCUGAUUCCCAUUCCGCUUUUCUCGAUUCCAACCAAAAAAGAUGGGUCAACGUAAUAGUCAAUUCCGGUUCCGGCUCUUUCGGAAAACCAGAUUCCGCCAAUUGGAUCGAUUUUUUCGGUCUUUUACGACGCCGGGACAUAACUUUAGAUAACAUCCAUUCAAAAACCACCAAUAAAGAUUCUUGGUGCCCGUGCCUGUCACGGGUCAAAACCGGACCCGGUGUUUCACCCAUGGAUACCGCGGUCACCUCAAUUAUACGGUCAUUGGGUCAAGACCCGGGUCGAAAAGAACUCACGGGAACCCCAACCCGGUUUGUAAAAUGGCUAUCUAACUUUAAAGAUUCAAAAUUGGAGAUGAAAUUAAACGGGCUUGGUUUGGGCCCAUUGAAAACCACAAGCCCAACGAAUUGCAAGAUUAGAUCGGAGUUGAACUUAUCGUUAUGGUCGCUUUGUGAGCACCAUUUACUUCCGUUUUACGGGUCGGUUCAUAUUGGGUAUGUAUCGAGUGAAGAAGUGAGCCCGAUUUUGAAAUCUAUUCUACAAUCGGUUGUACAUUUUCAUGGUUUUAAACUCCAAGUUCAAGAACGACUCACGAGGCAGAUUGCUGAGACUGUUUCUCGAUUAUUGGGUGGAGAUAUAAUUGUUGUAGUGGAAGCGAAUCAUACGUGUAUGAUCUCAAGAGGGAUUGAAAAGUUUGGUAGUAAUACGGGUACAAUUGCGGUGUUGGGUCGGUUUUCGCAUGACCCGGCUGCACGAGCGGAGUUUUUAGAAUUGAUUCCAGACUCGUUGUAGGGUUGGGCUCAAUUUCGCAUAUAUUUUGUAUCAUUAUUUUGUGGGAAUUCAUCAAAUUGUUAGGGUAGAUAUUCUGAUGCUGGUCCUGUUGUUGCAAUGGAUCAUUAUUCAUUCUAUCAACCACUUUAUGGGUAUGGGUUUUUUUAUUCAAAUUCUUGAUGAGGUAUGGGGUAUCAUUAUUCAGGUUUUUGAAAGUUGACUGAAAGAUUGUAUUAAAAGAAAACAUGUUUUCCGACC